AUGUCAGAACAAUCUUCAUUACAUUAUCAAGACGAUUAUUUAUUUCAUUAUGAUAUUUCAAUACGUAAUGACUAUAUGCGUUUUGCUUGUAUGUUCUAUUUAUUUACAUUAUUUGCAUUUAUAACAACAAUAUUUUUAUUUUUAUUCGCAUAUAAUUCUUAUUAUAAUGAAUCAGUAUCUAUUCAACGUCCUAUUAUACCUUAUAUUAUACUUGGAGCAAUAAGUUUAACUUUAUUUUUGAUUUUUUUUAUCGGUUCACUUGUUUAUACACGUAAAUUAAUAAAAAAAUUACGUUUAAAACAAACAUUUAAUCAACCGAAAUCAUUACGACGUUCAAUUGAUAAUUUAACUCAAACAACAAAACAAAAAUCUAUUGAAUCUUCAAUAAUGAAUGAAGAUGAAUCUUAUGAUACAAGUGGAAAACCUCUCAUUCAAAAAAAACUUAAGACUACAAAAACAUCAUAUUAUCCUUGUCAAACUGAUGUAUAA